AGGAAAAGAAACUGGGAAGACAUACCACAUUGUGAUCACGCUUCCCACGGAAAACCCUAAAUAUUUUCUCUCUCAUAUCCUUUCUUCGUACUCUUCCUUCCUAUAUUUUGCAUUUUUUUCUAAACUUCUUCUAAUCAGUUGAUGGCCGUGGAUUCUGAUGAGUCUUCCUCUACCCCGCGUAAUCUAUCUGGUCCUCCAUGGGCACUAGUUGUUCGCCGGAGCGAGGUAGAAUCAAACUCCUCUGCCGCUACCAAUGCUUCUUGUCCGUCGUCAUCGCCGCUGCCAAUUGCACCGGAGCAAACACCUUUUUCUGAUUGCUCCGGUCAGAAGCUCCCGCCUGAAAGUUCCGCUACUGAGACUCAGCCUGAGAGCUCCUCCGAUAGUAGUAAUGGCAAUGCGGCUCGGUCAAAGAAGCCUGCUUGGAACAGACCCGUGAACGGUGUCGUUGAGGGUAGUUCUGUUAUGGGCGGUUCUGUCUCUUGGCCUGCUCUUUCUGAGUCGACUCGGUCCACGAUCAAAUCACCCUUGGAUUCCCCUAAACCUUUAUCUGAUGGAUCAGCCUCGAGUUCUCAGGGACCUAUAAUUUCACAAACGCCUCAGAAACAAGCUAAUACUAAUGCAAACGCUAAUUCUGUUGCAAACCAUGGAAUGACUCGCCAAAAAUCAAUGAAGCACCGUGGUGGUGGAUCAACACACGGGGGCUUUAGGCCACCACCACCUCCUCCUCCUUCGAUGCCGCCGCCGUUUCCUGCUGUAAUUGAGAUGCCUGCGUAUGGAAAUUAUGGAAAUUUUGUGCCUCCUGUUCUGGACUCUUCAAUAAGAGGUACAAGACCGAUGAGUGGAGUUGCGCCUCAGUCUGGGAACGAUCACUCUCCACACUCACAGAGAAAUUCUUCCAGGAGGAAUAACUUUGGGGGUCGUCCCCGUGGAGAUGGGCAAUAUCAUCAUGGAGGCAGGCGUGAUCAUGAUCGAAGAGAUGUUCACCUACCUAAUCAAUUUGCUCCUCCUCCAGGAGGUUAUAUGCCACCACCGCCUCCGCCGCCGCCUCCUGGUUCUGCCUCCUUUAUUGCACCUCCACCUAUGAGACCAUAUGUUGGUCCUAUGGGUUUUGAUAUGGCACCUCCAUUUAUGUAUGUUCCAGCACUUCCCCCUGAGUCCUUUAGGGGUAUGCCAUUCAUUGCUCAAGCACCUCCAGCACCAAUGUUUUUCCCUGUUAUGGAUCCUCCUUUGCCUGCUUUGAUAGUUAAACAAAUAGAUUACUACUUCAGUGAUGCUAAUUUGGUACAAGACGACUACUUGAGAUCAAACAUGGAUGAUGAGGGCUGGGUUCCUAUCAAGUUGAUUGCUAGCUUUCCCCGAGUGCAGCACUUGACAACUGAUAUUUCAUUGAUAUUGGAUUCCUUGAGAGCAUCGGUGGUGGUUGAAGUAAAGGAACAGGGUGACAAGAUAAGGAGGCGUAACGAGUGGAAGAAGUGGACACAGAGCAGUAGUCAUGUUUCACUUGAUUCAACGUCACAGACUCCUGGCAUAUCAUCUGAUGAUACUUUGACAACAUCCAUUGAGAAGGUAUCAUUAAAUGAAGUCAGUAGCAGUAAAAGAGGUGGUUCGGACUUGACAGAUUCAGAAAAGGGGAUGACUCCAGAUGCAUCUUUACCUGAUGAAUCAACUGGCUCAUUGAAAAUGGCUAAUGGAGAGGUUACUGCUGAGGAGUUGCAUUCAUGCUGAACAUGACCUAAUAUGCCAUGAAGGAAGUUUUUUUGGUCUUCAGUCAAGGUUGUUGCACUAUGUGCAUAUGGUUCUCAAAUUGUUCGGAAUUAUGUCUACUGAAAUCUGGGAAGUAUAUUUAGUCUGUCCUUGAUUGAACCCCAAUUUUGCAGUUUUGGCUUCUUCUACAGAACAAGUAGCAUAUGUAGCUGAUUUGGAAAUGAAGUAAAAGGAAGUGGAGAGAGGAUAGUCGCCUGGGGAUGGAAUUAUUGGAUUAUCAGGUUUGGAUGCUUUGUCAAUAUGGAUGCGGGCGGUUUUCUGCUGCUGAUGAUGCCGUGACUUGCGUUUGGUUUGCAUUCUGAGAGAAUUUUAGAGGUGAACUAUUGUUGGUUACUUUUGGUUUCAUGAUCAGAGUGGAGAUUGUGAAGUGUAAGAUAGUCAGCAAUUGCUGGCGCAGGAAAAAGUCAGGCUGCUUGAGAUUUCUCUGCCCGAGAAUUGGAGGUCUCUUAGAGAAUUUUACCUUGAGUUUUUUCUCCUCUUGGGUUUUAUUUUAUUUUAUUUUAUUUUAUUUUUGGUAGUCUUUAGAUUUUAUUUUUUUCCAUUCAUUUUGCAUGUUUUUAUAAGUAUGUAAUAGAUACUUGAGGCAUCCAUCUAUAUUUAUAGUUUUUGGGGACCCCUCUUUUACUAUUUCUGGACUUGUCGUCAAGUGUCAGUGAGUUGGGUGUUGUUCCUGCUGCAUGUGUUGCGAGCGAAAUUA